AUGGUCAAACGAAAACGAGAAACGAUAUCGGAUCCCACCGAGAGGCUGAAACAGGAGAUACGAGAUCACAUCUCGAACAGCCAAAAGCUCCUUCAUCGGGCUCUCAAAGCAACCAAAGGCUUUACAAGACAGAAACUUGGAAAGCGAUUGAAGAAUGCGCAAGCAAAGGGGUCAGAAGGAGCGGAAGAUGUGAAGCGGAUUAAUCGAGAGAUCGAGGCAUGGAAGUCGCUGGAUUUGUCAAAGAUGGUGGAAGACUACUUGUAUCGGACGAUAUGCAAGGUGAAAAGGAUGGUCGAGAGCGAGGCAUUGCCGGAAGAGGUCAAAGAGAAAGGCACGAAGAAAGAGGGAGAUGGCGAGGUUGGAUCACCUGAGGAGAAGCUUGCGAAAAUGAAUGUUAUGAGCGGCAUGUUCAAUACACCAAAUGUGAAGGUUGUCAUGGCAGAUCAGAUGAGAGGAUUAUAUAUGGUUAUGCGAAUACCUAUGCCAGAAAAGGUCGCAAAAGGGAAGGCAGCAGGUUCAAAGAAGGAGAAGACGGAAGAAGAGCCGCUGAAGGGCAUACUAAAGACGAAAUCGAAAUCAAGUACACGGGUCCAAGAGGCCGGAUCGGAUAUUGAAAUGGAGAAUCUCUCCGACGUCGGUGAUGUCCAGGACGCCAGAAACUCUAGAUUUGCGGAUUUCAGUGGCGAAGAGAGUUCACAAUCGGAAGAUGAGGAUGCUCUCGCGAUACAAAGCCGGAAAGAGAGGCGAGCCAUAACUAAGGAUGAGCGUGAAGAUGGAUUUUCAGGCUCAGAAUCAGGUUCAUUCUCCAAAUACGACGCUCUUCUCGGAUCAUCAGACUCAGAAUCAGAUGCCGAAUCAUCAUCAGAACUCCGCUUUCCCAAAACUUCCGAAUCAUCUCACAACCCCUCACUAUCCCUCUCCCCCCCCGCAAAACGUACCUCCACCAAAUCCAGAUCCAAACCCAAACCUCCCCCUCCAAAGUCCACAACCUUUCUCCCCAGUCUCCUCGGCGGCUACUUCUCUGGCUCAGAAUCCUCCGCCUCAGACCUCGACGACGACGCAGCUCCAGUGGUAAGAAAGAACCGUCCUGGCCAGAACGCUCGCCGCGCGAUCUGGGAAAAGAAAUUCGGAACUGGUGCGAAUCAUAUCAAAUCUGGUCAAGGCUCUGUGAGAAGGGAUGAAGGGUGGGAUUCUAAGCGCGGAGCUGACCCUGGCAGAGGAAGGGGAAGAGGACGUGGUGGGUUUGGAGGGAGUAGUGGAUUUGCGGGUAGAGCGACAGGUGAGAAUGCCGUUGCGCCGCUGGAGAAAAGAGCAGGGAAGAAAGAUGAUGUCGGUGUACUACAUCCUAGUUGGCAGGCUGCGAAGAAGGCUAAGGAGGAGAAAAAAGCGGCUAAGUUUGAGGGCAAGAAGGUUGUUUUUGAUUGA